AUGGAUGGAACAUCUAUGGCAACUCCACACGUAUCAGGAAUCGUGGCACUCCUCAAAUCCUUGCAUCCUAAUUGGUCCCUCGCGGCAAUAAAAUCGGCCAUUCUGACGACGACCGGUAUGUUCUCUCAAUCCCACAUCUAUUUCGCUUCACAGCAUCGGUUGUCGACAAAGAUGGUGUGCCGAUAGUGGCGGAGGGCAUACCCCGCAAGCUCGCUGACCAUUUCGACUAUGGCAGCGGCCACAUUAAUCCAGAAAAAGCAGCUGAUCCGGGGCUUAUAUACGAUAUCAAUCCGAAAGAUUUCAACCAGUUCAACUGCACUUUCAAUCUUUUGGUGGUUUGCCAAACUCCACAACUUCCCGUCUACCACUUGAAUCUGCCUUCCAUCUCUAUCCCCGAUCUCAAAACCAAGGUGACAGUCUCAAGAACCGUCACCAAUGUGGGCUCAGUCGGCAGCACUUACAUCGCCAUUGUCGAACCCCCGCCAGGGGUCGAGAUGGAAGUUCGACCAUCAAAGCUCGUCUUUGAUGAAGGCACCAAGAGACAGAACUUCACCGUUACGUUGACGUCUGUCCGCAGGAUUCAGGGAGUAUACACCUUAGGAAGCUUGACUUGGAAAGAUGAGACUCAUACAGUCAGGAUUCGUAUUGGAGUCCGCACUGUGAUCAAGGAUUUCUAUGCGGACGUUGCAUAG